AUGGAGGCAGACAAAGCAAUCGACGUGAUCUCUGGCGUAGAGGGACGCGAAGAGUCCAAGACUGACAGUCAAGCAAAGGCAAACACUUUUGAAUACAUCGAGGAAGAACCCGAACCACACCUCCAUUUGAAGACAUAUUUGAUUGUCGUGGCCGUCUCCUUUGUUUCGUUUGCCCAAUUGAUACAACUGGUUGCAGCAGGCGCACUUUCCGCCACCGUGGCCGAAGCAGUUGGGGGCGCAGAUAAAUCCAGCUGGAUGCUUUCCUCGCUGACCAUCACCUUUGUUGUCUUUGCGCCUCCUGUGAGCCAAGCGGCGGACUACUGGGGACGCCGGUGGUUGUUGAUUAUCCUUGCAUUGACAGGAUGUGUCGGAACCAUCAUCACUUCACGAGCAAAAUCCAUUGGCGUGGCCAUUUUGGGAGAGGUAUUCGUUGGUGCUUGCUAUGCGGCCACGCCUCUGCAAUUUGCCGUUGCCUCUGAAGUUUUGCCUCGCAGACAGAGGCUGGUUGGACAAGCCGCCAUCAAUGCAGCCGGUGGUGUUGGGUCAAUAUUUGCUCUACUAUCGGGCGGAAAGCUCGUCGAUGUCUAUGGCCCUCAAGGAUACAGAUAUAUCUACUACAUCAAUGCAGGGAUUUUCGCAGUAGCUGCUGCUGUCGUCUUCUUGCUCUAUCGACCACCAGUACUCGAGCUCCAGAAGUCAUUAACAACCCGUGAGAAGUUGAGUCGUCUGGAUUGGCCUGGAUAUGGUAUCACAAUGUGUGCAGUUGUACUGUUUUCUAUGGGUCUCUCUUGGGCCAAUAAUCCAUACUCCUGGAGGAACCCACAUGUUUUAGCACCGUUCCUAGUCGGUAUCGCCAUGUUCAUCUUGCUUGCGGUAUACUGUUGGAAACUCAGAAAGAACAGCUUCAUUCCACACGCUCUAUUUUCCCGCGAUAGGAACCUUGCUUUGUCACUGUUGGCGAUAUUCUGUGAAGGUCUGAUUUUUGCCGCUGCGAAUAUCUAUGUUCCUACUCAAACUGCUAUACUAUAUACGACGACGACACUAGGCGUCUCCUUGGUCUUCACGGUAUGCCUCGUAUGCUAUGUCCUUGGUAGCCCCAUCACCGCCAUAAUCAGCUACAAGUUCAAGAAUCUCCGCGUCCUAAUCAUGGCGGGCUUUGUCUUGUUCGUGGUUUGGGCCAUUUGCAUGGCCACGAGCUCUCUCGGUAGUGCCGGCGCCAAUUGGGGCUAUCAGGCCAUCCUCGGUUGUGCGCUCGCUCUCGUUCUGAACCCGGUCGUGGCCAGCUCACAAUUGAGCGCUCCCCCUGAGUUGAUUUCCAUCACAAGCGGUCUCGUCGCUGGUAUUAGAUCUCUUGGAGUGACAAUCGGCGUGGCAAUCUAUGGCGCAAUAUUUCAUUCCAGGUUCACCAAACUUAUGCCAAGCAAGGUGGCAGAGGCUGCUCUGCAGAAUGGUCUACCUGAAGCCUCUCUGCCAUCGCUGAUUCUAGCAUUGCUCGGAGGUGACCCGUCCAAAUUGACAACCAUUCCUGGCAUCAACAAGGAGAUCAUCGGCGCGGCCGCACAUGCCUUGAAGGGGGCAUACUUGGACUCAUUCCAUUCGGUGUGGAUUGCCACCGCCUGUCUGUCUGCUUGCGGUCUUAUAGCCUCUUGGUUUAUCAUCAACCCUUCCAAGGAUCUCAACAACCACAUAGACAACCCUGCGGAAUCUGAGGACGCAUUAUAUGGCGACAAAUAAUGUGUGGCGCGAUUGGAAAUGCAUCGUGAAAAUACAUCAAGGGACACCAGUGUAACCACGGGCGAAAUGUGAGGUGGUGGCUCUUCGAUAAAUGGGGGACAGAGAGCGUGCUGACGGCUUUUGCACAGCAAGCAACCCGAAGGUCGUUAGGCGCAAGGAGAAGUGACGGUGGAAAGAAAUCAGUUUGAUGGGCUGCUAGAGCAUACAUUUAGUUGCCAAUGAG